CCAAUUGAGAACGACUGACACUACAUAUUCAUAUACCUUACAUAUAGCCGUCUUGCAAAAUGCAGUGCCUUUCCUCCCGCACUUCGGCCGCUGUGCGCAGCGGUGCCCGCCCUAUGCAGGCGGUGGCCCCUCGCCCGGUGCGCAAUGUGGCUUGCGACGCUGCGUCUCUGCAGUUCAUCAAGGGCGUGGCUGAGCCGACGGUUCCCGAGGUGCGCCUGACCCGCUCGCGCACCGGUGCCAACGGGACGGCCAUCUUCGUCUUUGAGAACCCCAGCAUCUUCCAGGCCUCUGGCGAGAUGGGCGAUAUCACCGGUCUCUUCAUGGUGGACGAUGAGGGCACCCUGAGCACUACGGACGUGAAGGCAAAGUUCAUCAACGGCAAGCCCCAGGCGAUUGAGGCCAAGUUCAACAUGCGCUCUCAGUUCGAGUGGGAUCGCUUCAUGCGCUUCAUGGACCGCUACGCCGCGGAGAACGACCUGGGCUUCGAGAAGUAAAGCACUAGCUUGCCAAUUGCAAGAAGUUGUGGCUUGUAUUGGAGGCUGCUAUGGAGGAUUACGGCAGGCCUUGGACGCUAUCAGGGCGGGGCAGCGCGCUGGCGUGACUGCAGCAUUCGGGAAGCGUUGGUGUGUGUGACGCGUGCUUGGCGCGAAGGUCACGCGGACCUGGCGCAGACAUAAACCGUGACCAGUGCGCACAUGGUGUUUGACGUGCGCUAUACGGUAUUUGACAUGUUCAGUAACAGCUGGCGAGUUUUUUUGGGUUGCGGCAUUUUGUAUGGGGCGAAUCCCUCCGCCGCCGUUCGUUUCGAGCGCGUUGAAGAGCAUGUGUGACUGAGACCCACAUGGCGGGGUGGAGGCUAGGCGGUGCUAGGGCGCAAUUCUUUUACCUGAGGGCGCUGCGCACGCAUAUGAGUUUGCCGGCGACGAGUGAGCACACGCUGGGUACGUAUUAUAUCCAGCGCUGGUUAAGGUGAUUUGAGUGAUGAGACCGUUUGAUACUUGCCGGAACUGAGGGCUCGGGAACCACGAACUGGGCCGUGUCUGGUGCGCACGCUCGGGUGGCCGGUUGCCGCAGCCUUCAGAUAGUCAGGCGCACCGUCGCCGCAGACAGGCGAAAUAGAACGUGUAAAUGCACGUGCACGGUA